AUGAUGGACUUGCAGCAUCAGUCGUCCUCCAUCAACGGGCUGGACGGGAUCUGCAUGGUUUGUGGGGAUAAAUCUGCUGGUAAACAUUACGGGGUAAGCACAGAGUCAAACACACACUGGAAAGCUGGUUAAUUUAAAAAAUUUUAAACUUUCGAUUCUGCACGUAGCUUCUUCUCGUAAAGAAUCUUUUUUCAGAUAUUGGCUUGCUAUGGGUGCAAAGGGUUUUUUCGUCGGUCCAUAAGAUCGAACCAGACCUACACAUGCAGAUUUAUGCAGAAGUGCAGUAUUGACAAAGGUGAGGCAUUCCGAAAUUUUUAAAAAUUUAAAAAACUUCAAUUGUCACAUUUAAAAAAUUUCGUAUUUCAAACUUUGAAAUUUGCAGUAAAAAUUCAAUUUUCAUUUUUCGAACUUCAGACCAAAGAAACGCGUGCAGAUUCUGUCGAUUUCAACGAUGCCUUCAAGUGGGGAUGGAGCCAGAAGCCAUUCGGCCCGAUCGUGACGUGAUUGGCAAACAGAAAAAUCCUCGAAAACGAAAAAUAAAGAAAGAAGAAGACCUACCGGUCGAAGAAGGGUCCCAGCAAGAAGACUCUCUGCUCAGCUUCCUGAUCGAAGUUGAGAUGAAGAGAACCCAAGCCCCCAAGUUCGUCGAACAUCCCCUUUACUAUCAGCGAUCCGAGGCGAUAGGGAUAAUGAAGGUGAAGCAGGAGAUGGAGGCCUCCCUCUACGAACUGUUCGAAGACCGCAACCUCCUUAACCUUUACCGGAAUCCCAUGAACAACCAAGACCCUCCAAGGACGGCUAGCGUGGACCAGCUGUCUUCAGCUAUGCGAGCGUAUGCCGUUUCUGCCAUCGACUGGGUAAACGCCCUUUUCUCGCUAGCCAAUGUCAACGAUGUCACAGAAAAGGUAAGAAUACAGCUGUAUAUAUAUACUGUAUCUCCCUUAGUUUUUGUGACAAAACGAGCACGUUAAAGUAUUUUUAAACGUACUCAAACAACCAAAAACCUUACUUUUCAAAUUGUUACUUUGUAACAUAAUUAUGGUAAUUUCAGUGUGCUCUUCUGAAGAAUUCGUUCGCCGCGUUCUCCGCAUUCCAAAAGGCAACAAAUACAGCUAAUGUAUGUUCAUCAGCCAGUGAUGCGUUAUGUCUUUGUAAUGGUGCUUUGAUUCCCCGGAAUCUACCACGACAUCUGAUUGACACCAAGUAAGAAAACCACCUUUUGUAUUAACGUAUUUUAGUUUGCUGGCAAAUAACAUGGUCGGCCGAAUACUCGAUGAACUGGUCCGUCCCAUUCGCAAAUUGCACUUGUUAGAGGCCGAGCGAGUUGCCCUAUCUGCUCUGAUCCUAUUAGAUGGCGGUAAGUAUAUUACUUUUGCUUUUUUAUAGUUUCGAACGCUUGAAUUGAGUUUAGUCUUUAAAUAAAACCUAUUUAAAUUGAAAAAACAUUGCCUAUAUUUAAUCUAAAACAUAAAAAUAAUGGCAAACUUUCAGACAGUUGCGGAUGUUCUCUUCAAACUUCAGAAGCUUUAAGCAUGGUGAAGGACAAGGUCCAGAACGCCCUUUUCCAAUUUAUCCGUGAACGAAGCGAACAUUCUCUCAGCAACGCGUCUUCCAGAUUCGCCAGCAUCUUACUUCUACUGCCCUCGAUUGCAAAAUUAUCCGCGAUUUACAACGAAAACUUCCAGUUGGCCAAGAUGUUUGGCUGCCGAUCUCUGGAUCCCCUGCUAGCCGAAAUCCUGCUGGACGGUGGGGGAGACAUGAUGCAUUCGGGAGAACUAUCCCCGUCCGCCAAGACACGUUCAGACGCAGCUACACAAACCAAAGAACCGGCUGAACUGACUAUUUCGACCUGUCUCAGCCACACUUCUACUGAAUCCACGUUGAGCUCGGUCAGCUCGGCUUCGGCGGAAGACUCGGCUCUGGAAAGUAUUAUUGCGCUGCGUAUGGAGAUGGAGCAGCGCGCAGCACAGGCUAAAGCAGAAGCCGAAGCGAACAACCAACUCAAGUCAUCUGCACACUUGUCUCAAAUGAACGUUGAUAUGAACGGCCACCGAACCGACUACAACAACUACUUCUUCGGCUACGAGUACCAACAAAACGGAUUUGUGGCUAAUGCUGAAGCCGGGAGGAACGGCUUCGGCUACAUGGCAAGUGAACCUCACCCACAAACACCUCAGAAGACUGAUAUGGCGUUCAAGUUCUUGUGA